UUGCUCGUGGUGGUCACUGGUGCCCGGUGGUAGCUGAGGGCAGCUUUCUCGACGGGGGUGCGGAACUUAAGUGGCUCGAGGCUUUCGCUUUGACGCUUGCUUUGGCCUUGAUCGACAGUUCUGCCGGUAGGUCAAUUUUGCGGGUCAGGUUCUGAGUAGUCUGCGGUGAGGAGGUGUUAGCGGGUGUUGCUUGGAAAGGUAUUUGUCUUAGUGGUGCUGGACGAGAGCCGAGUGCUUGGAAGUGAAGAGUUGGAUAGAUUUUUGGAGGUGAGGAUGUAGGGGUUGCGUCUAGUAUGGUUCUUGAGUGAUUUCGAUGAGAGCUUAGGAUGUCGACAGAGGUUGUAAUGAUAUGUAUCUUAUUUUUUUUGUAGUUUUUUUUGAAAUUUAGUUUGUUUCCGGGAAUUGGAAUAUAGAUGAUGCGCUCGAGAGUUGUAAGUGUGAGUUAGCUGAGAAACGGGAACUGAUUUUCUCUAGGGAGUGGCUUGAACAAGAGAGUUUUAGCUUUCUGGCAAGUAGUGGAAUGGUAUUUUGAUGGCUAUGCUCGGAAUCUUAGGAACGAGUAAUUGGAUGUGCGAUAGUGUUUUUGAGCAGCAGGGCAUGCAUCAGUAUUUUCUCCCCCAACGGCCUUGCACCGAUUCUGGCGUCUUGGCGCAGGUACCAUGCAGUCUUAGUAUGCUUUUCUAGGUAGAACCGGGCGUGAUUUUGGAACACACUUCAAUUUUCCGCGUUCAGCGGACCGGCAUAACGAACACUAUAUCUCGGUUGAAGGCAGAGAAUAUCUUCCUCGUCCGAUGGCAAACCCUGAAUACAGUAGCAGAGGUCGAGUUGCUGGAGAGGAAAACUGUCACUUGAUGCCUGCUAGAAAACUCCAGAAAGCUGAUCGGGAAAGACUGCGGAGAGAUCAUUUGAAUGAACAGUUUGCCAAACUGGCUGGUGUUCUUGAUCCAAUUCGACCAAAGAAUGACAAGGGCACCAUCCUUUCUGAAGGCAUUCUGGCUUUGAAAGAACUCCGCGCCGAGAUUGCUCGCUUGAAAAGUGAGCAGAUUGCUCUCAGAGACGAAUCGCGCGAUUUGACCGUGGAACGAUGUGAGUUGCAAGAGGAGAAAACGCUUCUUGAGACUGAGACAGAGCGAUUGGAAGACCUGCGGAAACAAAACUCGGAAAACCUAAGCGCAUUGGCAGGAUGGAAAAUGGACCAUCCCGGCGUUUUGACAAGCUCCCAAUAUCCCUGCCCAUUACCAGUGUCUUCGAUGACGAAAUCCUCUCCACCUUCAAAGGAUAUUCAUCAAGACCCCAGUUCUGAUCAAACUCAUCACGCACCUGAUUCAUCUUUCCUCCCUGCUGCACCAUUCAGCACGUUCUUGCAUCCUGCGUACCAAACUUAUGGCGUGUUUGGUUCUAGAAAAUCACCCUUCAUGUCGUACAAUCACUACUCACAUCCAGGACAUACUACCCAUGUUGAAAGGCCGGCUGCAAGAUACCCUGCUCCGAUCCAUCCUACUCCGAUUUAUCCUGUGAAGGGAGCUCAAACUAAGUCUACAGAACCAUCGGUUGUGGCCACAGAGUUGCAGCUACAAACACCAGGAUUGCCACCUUCACCAACGCAUCAGCAGUCUCUAUCUGGAAAUGAACAGCGCGAGAAAAGGGUGGCCUGUGCAACUCAGGAUCGAGCUCUGGAUGUGCUAAGAGAUUCGGGGAUAGAUGGAACAAAGGCUGCUUCCUGUAACGAUAAUUUCGCCCCCCAACUUUCACUCUCUUCAAAUGCCUUAGCAUUACAGGUCGUUCAGUCGGUGUAAGAUUGAGGACCAAGGGUUGAAGCAUGCAAAUUAUAUUUUGCAAAGUCAUGUUGGCCCCUCGUGCACUUGGUCAAAUCGUUGACCGUUUGCACUUGAUGAUUUCCGUGAAGUGCCCAUGCCACCCAAACUGUCCGCGGAUUGUUUGUGCUGAGGUAUACCUAACACGGUUCUUGUCCCUCGACCUCACAACCAGAUCGGUCAUUCAUUCUAAGUGGAGCUGUUUAGAGCGGAUCUUGACACAAAUCGGUCAAGGCUGUGAUCAAUCUGAUAGUUAGGUGACCAGAUCUUCACCUGUAAACUACAACAAAUAUGUUUCCGACCUUGAAGCAGUUCAGUAGACAAUGUCGAUGAAUUGUCUUGUGCAAAUGAAUCACGUGUUCUGAAGGUCGAAGGAACGUGUUAAUGUUUCCAAGGUAAAUUUAUGAGGUUCUCUUCUUUUGCAGCUUAA